AUGGCUCAACUCGACACUCUGCUCCAGCAGGGCCCAUUCAGCGGCGACCACAUUGCCGGUCUCGACGAGCUGAGGCGCAUAGUGCUACUCGAUGGCAUCCCGUCCAACAGCGAUGGCAUGUCCGAGCUGCGCAUCUAUGUCUGGCUGAUUCUUCUGAAUGUCGCACCGCUGCCAACAAACACCUACCUGGACCUGGUCGAGGCAGGCGCAUCUCCAGCAUAUGCCAAAAUCAGAAACGACACCUUUCGAACCAUGACAACAGAUCCGCUCUUUCGCCGGCGUGUCACUGAGAACAGUCUGACUCGUGUCCUCAAUGCCGUGGCGUGGAAGCUGCACGAAGCCGACGAAGCACGCAUCAACGGCUGGAUGUCGCCUCCAACCCUCGGCGUGCCCAAGAGUCUCGAUGGAUCAGACACCAUCUUCCGCUCACCAGCAUCUGUCAGUACUCGCCACACGCGAGGCUCAGUCGCAGGCACGGAGGAUUCCGACGCUGGCGAUAAUCCCACCAGCCACAUCGGCUACGUGCAAGGAAUGAAUGUCAUGGCUGCACCAUUCUUGUACGCUGCCCGAAGUGAGGCGCAAGCAUAUGCUGCCUUCGUGCGCUGCAUCGAGAACGAAUGCCCAGGCUACGUGCGAGGCAGCAUGGAAGGUGUGCACAAAGGUCUCGCCCUGGUUGACCAAAUCCUGACCAUUGUCGAUUCGAAGCUGGCAUCACAUCUCACCGCGAAGGGCAUGAAAGCAGAAAUCUAUGCUUUCCCCAGCGUUCUGACAUUGUGUGCCUGCACGCCGCCGCUGCCUGAAGUCCUCCAGUUGUGGGACUUCCUCUUUGCGUACGGACCACACAUCAAUUUGCUCUGCAUCGUAUCCCAGCUGGUAUUGAUGCGGGAUUCGCUCCUCACUAGUAACACGCCUAAGCCAGACUUCAAGCCGUUGAGAGCACGAAAAGUGAUUGAGUACACGGUGAACUUCGCACGAAAGAUUCCAGAUGAUCUAUACGAGCAGAUGCUCGUUCAUGCCAAAUGA